UCCUCACAUGCUGUACAACACAGAGAGUCAACAGGCUGUACGGAUCGCAUGCAGAACAUCACUACAACUGGAUAACAAAAACAAACUAGUUGGUCAACACACUGCGGCCACUUACGCAACUUUUUUCACUCGAAAAAACUUUUAAGAGAUAUACUUUUUUAUCGUUGUUGACUCAGAUUUUUACCGGCUUGGGAUGUAACUGUCAGUGUAGACUUGCGCCCAGGCGGAGCACUAUUUUCCCGGACAGAUUUCUCUUGUGUUCGCUCACCUUUCAAAGGCGAAGUUGCAACUUUUGAGGGGCGACAGGGUUGCCGUAUUUACAUGACAUUGUAACACUCGGCUCCGUCACCUCACAACCAUGGCGGAAGCGGCCCAGCAGCCACACCUGGUGGAAAUCGACCCGGAUUUUGAGCCCCUGUCGCGGCCCCGGUCCUGCACUUGGCCCUUGCCCCGACCGGAGUUCAUCAACCCGGGAGACUCCAACACGUCAUCGCCGGUGCCGUCUGUGAAGCAGGAGCCCGCCGGCAACGCCGAGUUCAUCAACAACCUGAGCCUGCUGGAGGAGACCGAGGACUUCGCGGAGCAGAAGCCUGUCAUCCUGUGCACUGAUUUCCAGUGUCAGGAGAACUGCGUCCACCAGCAACCUCCACAACAGCAGCAGCAGCAGCAGCAACAUCAGCAACAACAUCAGCAACAACAUCAGCAGCAACAUCAGCAGCAUCAGCAGCAGCAGCACCCGAACCCGCAACUCCCGCAUCAGCAGCAGCAGCAGCAGCAGCAGCAGCAGCAGGUGCCUCUGCUCUCCUCGCCGGUCGGCUCAUCGUCCUCCGCGGCCGCGGCUGCAGCUGCCGCCGCUGCCCAGAGGAAGAGCAGCUCCUCCCGGCGAAACGCAUGGGGGAAUAUGUCAUAUGCAGACCUCAUAACCAAAGCUAUCGAAAGUUCUCCCGAGAACCGACUAACUCUGUCUCAGAUUUAUGACUGGAUGGUGAAGAGUGUGCCAUAUUUCAAGGACAAAGGAGACAGCAACAGCUCUGCUGGCUGGAAGAACUCCAUUAGACACAACCUGUCGCUGCACAGCCGCUUUGUUCGCGUCCAGAAUGAGGGGACGGGGAAGAGCUCGUGGUGGAUGUUAAAUCCAGAGGGCGGGAAGAGUGGCAAGUCCCCGCGACGCAGGGCGGCCUCCAUGGACAACAACAGCAAGUUCACCAAGUGCAGAGGAAGAGCAGCUAAGAAAAAGCUGUCAAUGCAGGGCGGCCCUGACGGAGGUGCAGACAGCCCAGGCUCCUACUCCAAGUGGCCUGGCAGCCCCAACUCCCACAGCAAUGAUGAUUUUGAUGCAUGGAGCAGCUUCAGGCCUCGGACUAGCUCCAACGCUAGCACUGUGAGCGGCCGCCUCUCACCCUUCAUGCCCGAGGACGAUCUCGGAGAGGCAGACGUGCACAUGGGUUACCCAGGAGCCCCUGGGGCCAAAAUGACAGCCACACUGCCCAGCCUGACAGAGAUGACCGGCUCUCUGGGACACAGCUCUGAGAAUGUUAUGGAGAACCUUCUGGACAACCUGAACUUGCUCUCGCCCAGCAAUUCUCAGGUUGGAGGAGGGGCAACGACCCCCGGCUCCUCCCAGUCCUCCCCGUCUCCCAUGAUGCAGCCGAGCCCUGGGUACCCCGCUUACAGCUCCCCCAGUAUGGCCGCGCAGCCUCAGCAGGAGUAUCGCAAAUGUGUGUAUGGCCAAGCAGGAAUGAACACCCUGUCGUCCAUGCCGCUGCAAACACUGCCAGAGAGUAAGCCCAGCUUCGGGCCCGGUAUGGCCCAGUACAGCUGCCCCGCAGGACUUCUGAAGGAGCUGCUGACGUCAGAUACAGACCAGCACGGAGAGCUCAUGCCGUCAGUGGACACUGUGGUGUCUCAGUCCAGCGGAGGCUGCAUGCUGCCGCCGUACAGCAGCAGUCAGCACGCAGCCAAACUCAUGGGAGGAGGGAACGGUCACCCGCACAGUCUCUCUCACACACACCCCCACAACGUGCACAGCCAAGCCCCAACUACGUCACCACCUAUGAACGGCCGCUUGCUCAUGUCCCUGAGCCACAGCGGGGGCAACGCCCGUAUGCCCACGACCAAAAGCCCUAUGCAGAUGCCUUACGGUCUCUCCAGCCACCUCAGCGGAGGAGGCAUGGCUGGCGGCUUCUGCCCUAUCAGCACCAACGGAUACGGUCGACCCGGCCCGCCGCCGCCCUUACACCCAGAGAAGCUGCCCAGCGACUUGGACGACAUGUCGAUUGAGAAGUUUGAAUUUGACAUGGAGACGGUCCUCCAUGACACUCUGAUGGACGGGGACUCACUGGACUUCAACUUUGAGCCAAUGGUGACCCAACAAGGUUUCCCCCAUGGGGUGAAGACCACCACACACAGCUGGGUGUCAGGGUAGAGACUGUAGUACGAAAAGAAAAAAAAAAGCUCUGUUCAUCUGACUUCUUGUUGUUGCUGUUUGGUAAAAGACACAAUCAGAACUCAUUUGAGACAAAAAAAAAAAAAAAAAAUUAUCCUCAUCCCAACAUCAUCUGCAGUUUCUGUACCAUCAACAUUUCUGUUUCAAAAAUACUUUGGAUCACUUCAGCAGACUGAGACUGGGUGUGAUCUGCUGAGGAUACAACAUCAUUAAAGCCCCAGAACUGAAGAAGAUGAAAUCAGAGUUAUUUUUGAGAUAUCAAAUAUUCUCUACAAACUAAGUGCCAAACAUUUUGCCUUAACAUAAGAGCCAAACUGAAACACACAUCUCUGGUUUACUCACCAAGGUUAGAGAUAUUAUACAGUGGUUUGUCUGCGAGUGACACUGCCAACUACAUCUCAUCAUCAUCAUCAUCAUCAUCAUCAUCAUCAUCAGCAGCAGCAGCAGCAGCAGCAGCAGCGCAAUCUGUAGAAGUGCACAGACUCAUACCAUGCUGUUUACUGUGUUCCCACAAUCAACCUUUUUGUAUGUACAAUGUAGUGAUAAUUCAUUACCACUACAGACAAAUUAUGAAGGUAAUCUGGCUCAUGGAUUUGCAGACUUACACAAUGUAAAGUGAGAGACCUUUCAAGGGAUCCUCGGAUUAUGUUACACAAGAACUCACUUUGUUAUUGCCUGAAUGUACAUAAUGUCAUCAUACAGUUUGUAAAAUCAGGUCUGGUAGUGUAUUUUAUAAAACUGUAAAUAGUGUUUACAGAGUGGAAGCAAAAAUUAAGGCAGCAGAAAUGAGCUCACAGAGAAAACUGGAUCCGAUUCUUUUAAAUACAUGUCGAGUGGGCAGAUCUGUGCUUGAGAAUCCUUCUCAAUCAGGCUGCAAAAUGACAACACACUCUCUGAUUUCUUGUACAUACAUUAAGAAUGUAUAUUAAAAUGAUGUAGUAGGUGUUUACUAGAUUUUAGUAUAUAUUUGAGACCUAAAUUAUUUGUGGUUAAUAUAGAUUUAUGCUGGUGCAUAACCUGCACUCAGACAUCAGAACUGUUCUGAGUCAUUUGUCACUCUGAACCUUAAUACCACAGGGGCCUAUUUAUUGUGCCUAAAAAAGUAGAUAUCGACUGCAGGCUUGAAGGGUUUUAUAUUGUAAAUGUCUACGGUCCAGAAGAUACUCAAAUCCAGUGGUCUUGAAGAGGAGUAUAGUGAAUUCUUCAUUUUCAGUUCGCUGCUUUCACAAGACGAAGCGAAUGGCUGUGGAUUGUUGUCGUUAGGGUUUCUUUUCUGAGCGCUUCAUGAAUGCUAGGAGGUCAAGGCAUGUUGGAUAAAAGACAUCACUCAUCUCAGUGCUACUGACCUGCUAAAGAUUGUCAUUAAAGACACUGUGAGUAAUCAGCCUGUCCCCCAUUCAGUUUCAGAACUUUUUUUCCAUUUUCUUAUUUGUCUCAAAAAAAGAUGCGACUGAUUUAAAUCCAUACGGUAUGAUUCCUUUUUUGUCAAAAAGAGCCCUCUGAUGCUGUCAAUAGGAUCAGCUUUACUGCUUUUGAUGAGACUCCACUUUCACUCUGCCCCUCCUACCUCUACCUAUCUCUGUGUCUUUUUAAACAUUUGAUAUAAUGGUAACACGUGAUAGCUUGAUAGCUCCAAUCAUCUUUUUUAAUAACAAGUUUGUUUUGAUUAUUUUUAAAAGUUUCCCCUGAAAAGUGCUACUAAGUGUUAAGUAUCUUAUCUAGCUUGUAUAUUUGCAUUUUUCUGACUUGCUUUUCCCACUUAUUGCCGUACUAACAAUGAGCUUGUCAGCCUGUCAGUGACUUUGUGCGCGGAGUCACAAAUAGUGUAUAAGAUUGUGGCGACCUUUGUGAAGACGGUGUCUGUAAACAUGGCUGCUUCGGUGGCUGAAAGACCAAGAGGCUUAGAGAUAACUAAAACUGAAAACUGCCUAUUUGACAUUACUGUUCAUUGGUUGACUCAAACAGAAACCACGUACAUCAGUGUGUGUCUGAUCAUGCAUCGUCAAGGACUCUUGGGUGUGCAGGUUUUUACUGAAGCUGUACUACUAAUGAGUUCCCCUCCGACUGAGGGGGGGUGGGGUGUACUCUUUAAUUAGUUUUGGUGUUCGGUUGAAAUGAAAAGUUGCACACUCUAGACCAGCAGUGGCACAUGAUCUGACACUGCUGACAUAGAUGUUAAGAAAGCCAGGGAGCGGUUUUAUAAGAAUAAAAUGAAAUUCUUAACAUUUCAAAAGGCUCUGCAGAGAAGCCGAUAAAGAAGCUGCUGUUUGGCUUUGGUGCCAGGUGUUGCCUUUUCUUACCCAAACAUGCCAUAAUGUACUAUAGCCAAAUUUGCCUUUGAAGUAAAAGUGAUAUAUUUAGCAUUUUUAUCAUGUGAUAUGUUCAGAAUUAUAUAUAUUUGUGCCGGUCACUCAAGUCAGGAUAAACUGUAAUGAAUCCAUGUAGUCAGUGUCACAGGGUUCACUCUAAAAGUAAAAAGAGCUGUACUAAGUAAAUUAUAUCUCUACAUUUUUAAAUGAUUGAAUCUAUGCAUUGUAUUCCUUAAUUUUAUGUUGCUAUUGUUAUAUAUUCUUUUUCUUUUGAACUUAUGACAGAGAUAUUUUAUUGUAACAUAGCGCUGUGAGAUAUUAUGGUGUCGUUGUUGUCAAAACUCUAUGUUCCAGAUAGUUAUAUGGGAAAAAAAUGAAGUUUAUUUAGAAAAUAGAUGAUGCAGUGAUUGAUAUGCUAAGCUUUUGUAAACUGACAAUGUUGUAUUUCUUGUAUUUAGCUACAGUUUUUAGAAAAUAGCAUCAAAAAGCAAAUUACUGAAAAAAAAGUUAAGAUAUAUUGCAUUUUUAAAAUGAAAAACACAAUACUUAGUCUGUCAGAGAAGUCCUGCUCAGACAUUCUGGACCAAUUUUUUGUAAUUUUAUGAAUAGAAAGAUAUUGCACUUUUACUUACAUUUUAUAACAAAGUGCUCCUCGUAACAUGAGGAAGAGUACCCAAUACAUAUUUUAAAAUGAAAAUCUGUUACAUUUAACUUAAACAGGUAUACAGGAAUAAAUUGGAACUGUGCUGUGUGAUUUGCAAUCAAUAAGAAUAUGUAACUUGUUCAAUAUUAAUGUAUUAAGACCUGAAUAAAUGUACUUCUGUGUUAAA